AGCCUCGGAGGAGCGCCGGCGCCCGCCGCGGCUCGGGGUCGCGCGGCGCCGCCCCCGCUCCUGCGAUGUCGGCCAGCGGAGGCGGCCGCGCCGCGGGCUCCGGGCCUGCUGCUGGCCGCGGCUACGGCGACGGCGCUCCGGCGCCCUCUCCUUCUGCUGGUCCAAUGACCGCGCGCUCGCCCUCCGCCCCCGCGGUGGACUUCGAGGAGGCCGACUGGAGCACCGACAUCCUCGGCGACGAGGAGAGUACGAGCUCGAGCUCGAGCACGAGCUCCGAUUCCGAGUCCGACGGCGAGAACACGGUCGGCCUGAACACGAGGUCUGAGCCGGCCCAGGGGCGCAGAGGCUGGUGGUUUCUGUCUGGCGGCCCCGGCGUGACCCUCGACCCGGCCACGCUCAUCCGGGUGGGCUUUUGGUUCGGGGCCGCCGUUGCCCUCGGGGCCGCCACGGUGGCCGCUUCUGGGGUGCGGGACGUCUUUGCGGGCGACCACCCAUUUUGGCGGGAAUCGGAUGAAUGCGGGUUGGACGAAGGACGGAGUCUGAGAAAGAGGUGAGGAUCGAUGGGGAGGCCUGACGGCGUUCGUCGUGAGGCAAGGGAUCACCACGUACGGCUUCCGCCAGUUGUCGUAGGUUCCCAGCUGUUCUCCCGCCUCGGGAUACUCUGCGCCUCGUCGACUGCGUCCUGGAGGUGCCUGGAUCGUCCAAAACCGCCGCUGGUGGCCCGAGUUGUGACCCGAAAACAACCACAAGGCGCCAUGCCAGGAGGAGGAA